AUGCAAAAGGAAUCCACAACAGCCAUCUACUCAAAUAUGAGUAAUUUGGGUGCUCUCAAGAGACCCCUUUCCAGACAACAUCUCCAAAGUCUUUCUCAUCAUCAGGAAGAUCCAACCCUCUUUUCGCUUCUUGCCAAUUCUUCCUCAGCGUCGUCCUCAUUGGCUCAUUCAGCUAUGAAUAGCCUUCAUCCUCAUCAUAUCAACAAGAUUAAGCGAGUCAAAUCCACCUCUCAAAUCACUCCCUUCUAUCUUUCCGAAUCAUUUUCCUUUACCAAAGUCCCUAAUGCUUCCCUCAGUACGGCUGCUGCUACCACUACGACCACCUCUACUGUACAAACUCCUACAAUCACUCCUCAACUUGCCACUCCACCAUCUCCACCAUCUCAAUCCCUCCAAUCUCCUCUCACCAUUUCCGAACUUCCUGUGUCACCUAACAAGAGUUGUCACAACAUUUUCUCCAAUACUACCGGUCAACCCCAACUCUCUCCUCGAAACCAUACAGUAAUUUCACUUCCGUCAUGUAUUCCUCAGACCUGUACAAAAUCUCCUUCCUAUCAUGAUUUUAUCAUGAACAACAAGAUAAUGGACAUGUCUUCAGAACCAACACUGGAGACAGUCUUUAGCAGAAUCCGAUACAAUAAGCAUCUCCGAAGACUGGUUUUGAAUUUUGAAGGUCUUCAUGUUUGCAGACGAGAACACAUUCGAUGUGUGCGAGAUGGUAUUGAGGGCGUAAUUCUUGCAUAUCAUCCAAAUGAACAAAAUGUCAAAGUGCAAUGUAUUGUAAACUAUGACAAUUACAUUGUGGAUGACCAUCUAAUGGAUGAGUAUACCGAAAAUGUCGUCGUUUAUUUGCAAAAAUAUUAUGAAAGUAUUGAAAGAUUUACAACGAACAAUUUUCUUCAGGAGCAAGUUCGAAAACUUGAGACAGCCCUCACAAGAUACCGAAAGUCCUCUAUCAUUUCUCCAAAAGUCAAUAUUGGAAAACGUAUGGUUGGAUCCAGAUAUGUGUUACAAGACCUGUUGGGUGUUGGUACCUAUGGUCGUGUUUCGCUGGCUCAAGAUCGAGAGACCGGUGAGCUUGUGGCUAUUAAGGAGCUCUCAAAACAAAAAGUAAAUGCAAUUGGAAUUAUGGAUUGGGUACGAAGAGAAAUUCAAAUUAUGAAAACUCUUGGCCGCCAUCCACAUAUUUGCGCGCUCUAUGAUGUUAUUGAGACAGAAGAAACAAUCUAUCUCAUUUUGGAAUAUAUUGAAAAAGGAGCCAUAGAAACACCCUAUGAUGAGCAUCAGCAGUAUCCAGAAGAGUUGGUCCGAAAAUAUUUCAAGCAAAUGGUGGAUGCUCUAUAUCAUAUGCACAAUGUUCACAACAUUUGUCAUCGAGAUUUUCAACUCUCAAAUGUUUGUCUUGACAAGAAUGGAAACGUUAGAGUGUGUGAUUUUGGAUGUGCUGACUUUUUCACCAUGAAAGAAAAGUCUCACAUUCUUUUUGUAGGAAAUAGCAAUUACUGUUCUCCUGAAAUGCUGAUGAAGAAGCCAUACUUUGGGCCAGAGGUUGACGUCUACAUGCUGGGAGUUUGCUUGUACAAAAUGUGCACUGGAUUUUUACCUUACCGAAAUGCACAGGCCAAAUUGAUGAAUGCCAUGACAGUUCCUUUGGAAGAAGAGGAUCAAAUGAGUGACGAAUGCAAAGACAUUCUUCAAAAACUGCUCGAGCCAGAUCCUGACAGAAGAUGGACCGUUCGACAAAUCAUGGAACAUCCUUUUUAUAAAAACCAAUGA